GAUGAAAAGCGAGGAAGGGGAGAUGGAAAGUUAAAGAAGAAACAACUCUUCACUUGCAAAAAAGAUCAUGCAGUGUUUGUUGAUAUAAAAGCUAUAUUACCUGAAACAGACCUUAGUCAUGGAAUCCCUGGAGAGGUGGUAACAACGACAACGACUGACGAACAUGGUAAUAACACAUUUUAAAAACAAAAUCCUGCGGAUCUGUUGAAUCUGAUUGUAGAGACAAGGUUAACAUCAAUCUUGAGCGGUCAAAAAAAUUGUUAUCGUUAAAACCAACUGAGUGAAACUAAUUGCCACGGGUUGAAAUUAAAAGACAAGCCGCUACACGACCUACACUGGAACCUCGAUAUACCGAUAUAACGAACCACUAUAAAACGAAGUCCUAGGUAAAUUACGAACGAUUUUCUCCGCCUCAGAGUGAAAUAUACUGGAAAAGAACCUCAAUAUAAGCAAAAUUCGUUAUAGUGAACAAAAUUUGCCAGAGAAUGGCCUUGGGUUAUAUCGAGGUUCCACUGUAUUUCCAAGAAGGUCUGUUAUCAAUACAGAAUCUUAUGUCGUCGUCUUAACUGUUAAAAUACUAGAAAGGAUCAAAUCAAGAGGAAUAGAAUGCACGAUAAUUUUGCCAUUUACGUUAAGAUUUUAUUCUUUUAGUUGCCUUGUCGAUAGCAGGCGAGUCAAAAACUCUCCAAGAAAAUUUGAGUCAAAAGGAGUCUUUGGAAGGUAGGCUACCAUACGUUGAGCAAAUCUGGAGGGCUAAAUGUGAAAAACUGGACUUAGAAGAACGAUUAACGAGAAUGGAACAACUGAUGACAUAUUAUAAAGAGCGAUUACCUAUAAGAGUUUCCAUAGAGAGGAAGCGGUGUCAAGAGCAGUUGAAAGAAUAUAAAAGACAAUUGCGUGACAGCGAAUCAAAAUUGGAUAAUGUCGAAACACAACUAAGUGAACUGCAAGAGCAAUUUACAAUUUUAGAGGAACGUAAAGAAAGAGAAACUUUUAAUCUACAGGACGAGUUAGAAAUUAAAAGAAAAGAACUUAAUGAAUUACAAAGAGAGCUGAGAGACCGAGAACAAUAUAUAGUGCAACUAAAGAGAGAUCUGCUUGACAGAGAAACGAAAUUGGAUAAUUUCCAAACACAACUAAUAGAACUGCAAGAGAAAUUUACAAUUUUAAAGGAACAAGAAGGGGGAAAAUGUAAUCUACAGGACGAGUUAAAAAACAAAAGCGAAGAACUUGAUGAAUUAGAAAGAGAGCUGAGGGACCGAGAACAAGACAUUGUGCAACAAAAGAGAGAUCUGAUUGACAGAGAAACGAAAAUUUUUCGAGAAGAUGUCCAAACGCAACUAAGAGAGCUGCAAGAGAAAUGUACAAUUUUAGAGGAAUAUAAAUUAAAAGAAAAAGAAAAUUGUAAUCUACAGGACGAGUUAAAAAUUAAAAAAGAAGAACUUGAUGAAUUAGAAAGAGAGCUGAGGGAUAGAGUACAAGACAUUGUGGAACUAAAGACAGAUCUUAAAGAAGCUAAAGAGACAAAAAGUAAAUAUGAAUUACAGCUAAAGACACGUGACUGGAUCCUUUCUCGAGAUGAGGUUGAAUUAACAGAUAAACGCCUUGGGGAGGGAGCAUUUGGUAUUGUUUUCGAGGGCAGAUAUUGUGACUGUCCUGUGGCUGUUAAGAAACUAAAAGAAUACAACCUCACGCCUGAAGCGCGCAGUUUGUUCGAGAGAGAAAUGGACAUAGCUUCACGGUGCCGUCAUCCUUGUCUAUUGUUGUUCAUUGGAGCAACUAUAGACGAGGGCCCUCCUUUGCUUGUUACAGAGCUUAUGGAAUUAAGCCUUCGAGAUUUGUUACGAAAGAGGCAGCUGUCAGAAACACAAGUAUCUGUCAUUUCGUUAGACGUAGCUCGCGCCUUGGAGUAUCUUCACCAAAGAAAACCCACACCAAUUGUCCACAGAGAUGUCAGUAGCGCCAACGUGUUACUUUGGAAACAAAAUGACCAAUGGCGAGCCAAAUUGUCUGAUUACGGAACACCAAAGUUUGUAGCAGAAAUUAUGACAGAAAAUCCAGGAGCUUCGAUUUACGCUGCGCCUGAAGCGGGCAGUUCCGAUUACCAAACAGAGGUGGGUCUGUCUACUUAGUUAUCAGUCUUGGUAAACGCCCGUACGUGAGGCAUUAAUUAUUGAACACUGAAAGAAAUAAACAAUAUUGCUAUUGGGGGAGUGUAGGCUCUUUUCGCUUCCGGUCGUCUCCCCUCUUUCCUAAUAGAAAUUUUAGCCUAGUGCUGCCGAUUGGCAAUAAACACUUUUUUAGGGCAAAACUAAAAUCUUUGCACGGUUAAGAGCAUGAGAGAAUUAUCAAACAAACAUGGCACUGAAUGAAUAAAAAAAUACAUGUAGAUAGAUAAAUGAAUCAAUGAAUAAAUCAAUAAAUAAACAACGAGAGAAAGAAAGAAAAAAUGGCGAGAUCCCACAAGGGAAAGUUCAAAGUGCACCAUAAAAACAUGCAAGGUGCCGCCCUUCAUUGUACAACUAAUUAUUGCCAUAACCAUUAUUACUUAAAAACCCUUGAAAUAAAAUAAAACUGUUCCCUACUAACGUACGAUUAAUAUUAACAUAAACAGGAAAUUCGCAUGUACCACUUAUUAAUGUAGAUUAGCGCAUUAAUAUGCCUACUGCGCUGACCACGACUGUUGAGUUGGCCGAGUUCUCUGUUCUCACUGUAAACGGGAAUGAUUGGUAUACUAUAAAAGGACUGUCGUUUGAUCUGGCAGUGCAGCCUGAUGGUUGCCUACUGAUAUGUCAAAAUAUCCUAAAGUGUACCGAGAUAGAGAAUUAUAGCGGCAGUAAAAUUCUCCAAUGAGGAAUUUUCUUUCCUAGAUUGACGUCUACAGUUUCGGGGUACUUUUGACGGAGAUGUGCCUCAAGAAUGAGGCGCCCGAUCCUAACCGGCGCGAGGAACAAGUAAGAAGUGUGAAAAACGAGGGGUUUGGGAUGAUAAUCUUGUGGUGCAUUGAGCAUAAUCCUGAAGAUCGACCCACCAUGACGGAGGUUAUCAAGGAACUGAAGCAGCUUAGUUGCAUGUGA